AUUAUAGUUCGGAAGAAGGAUGCUAUAAUCAAGAGAGAUGCGCGAGGGGACAGGGGCCCCAAAGAAACUGACAAAGGAACAGCUUGAACCAGACACAUUCUGGGACCUGGUUGAAAAACUCCUCCUACUUUCAACAAAUGACGAACAACAUCGAUUACGUCACAACGUAUCUUUGUCCGCUCUGUGUAGAGGAAAUGCUUUAUUGACACUACAACGGGGUCUAGCUACAAAGCAGACGACAAGUACAGUUACUGCAGCAGAUAACAAGAAACCAAUAAUUCCAGAAAAUACAAAACAGAAACCAGAUGAGAAGUUUCUGGAAGAUAAAGAACAAGUGUCAAUAGAAAGCGAGAAGCGCUAUGUAAGCGCCAAACAGACUCAUAGUGAAUGUAACGUGUCUGACUCCGAUAUCGUUUUUGUGAAAGAGUCCGAAGUACCAGCGUCUGAACGACUUUGGAGAUUCGCCAUCAGGAAUAGGAAAUAUAAACUAGACAUUGAAUCAAAUGUAGAUUUAUCUAAAACAAUGCCGCGUGUGCAAAGCAACGAGGCUAUAUAUGAAGGGCUCCAAAGAAGGAUUGAAGAAGCAAAAGAAGACAAAAAUGAAGAGAUACCUGAUAAUAAGUCAAAAGCAAAACAAAAACAAGAGUCACACAAGCCAGAUGAAGUACAUAAGCAUCGGUGUGAGAACGUAACGAAAAAUUACAAUCCUAUAAAAAAUAAACCUAAAAGUAAACGUUCAAAAUCGAGAAAAAAGUCAACCAAUAAAAACCCUAAAUCAGUUUUACCACAUCAAAAAGCCAGCGCUGAUCAAAAUUGUCACGAUUUAGAUCCAACCCCUCUUCAAAACCUAAUCAAAUCCAGUGAAACUGACGCUUCAGACGUUCAAGAGCAGAACCUAGUUAAAACCUUUGAAUCAGAGCGUUCAAAUAUUUCACCGGAACAUUUUGAGGCCAAGAAAUCUUUGUAUGAUUCCGUGUUAAGGAAACGCCUAUCAUGUGGAUGCCAGUUGGAAGUCCUCAAUAGAGAAAUCAUAAACAAUAGGCUUUAUCCACGAAUGCUUCUAAGUCGAGAAACGACGAAAAAAUAUGCAGCACUGAAGAAAGAAUAUCUUAAUCUAUGCUACCAAGAAUCAUCCCUACGUUCCCAGAUUGCAAUGCUUCAAACAGAAAUAUAUAUGAUACAUAACAAAGAUCUCCAUAAAAGACAAGCCGUAAUAAAAACCAUAACACUUGACUCUAAAUCUGCUCAUGUGCCUCAAAUAGAUAGCUCGAGCAACGCUCACAGCCCUGAGACAGACAGCGACAAUAAAAACGCCCUUUUAUUUCCUCGGCUUAAGCCACAGAAACCUCUAUCCAUUGCCCAACAGAGACCUUUCUGUCACAACAACGAUCGCACCAUGCCGGCUAAAAAGUUCGUUCACAACAAAGAUUCGCCGCAGCCGAAACGGAACGCGACAUCACGUGAUAAAUGUGCUAGCACAAGUUUUCCGAGUAUUGAAAAAAAUAUGUCACCAAAAGGAAUUUGUUCAUUGUACUCGUUGACGACUUCUCUUAGAUCCCCGAGAAAAAGAAAACCAGAUGCAUUGCUUGUACCACAGAAAGAAGAGCUGGAGAAGAAAAAGACAGUUCACAGGCUUACUAAGAUGAAUAUUGAUUUAAAAACAAAAACGUGAUUACUUUAUAAUAAAAUCUUCUGUAUAUAUAUCUAAAACAUUUGUUUUAAAUAAACAUAA